AUGCCCUUAAUCGAGCAAUUAGAAGCGGCUCUCGAUAAACGCGUAAAACGCAAUCUCCUUCGCUCCUUUGUGGUAAAUCCUCCGGGUUCCGUUGACUUCUCUUCGAACGACUUUUUGGGCCUUUCUCGAAAUUCCAUUCUUCAAAAAAAUUAUCUAGAUGCUCUAUCGAACUUUCCACACUCACCGUUGGGUUCAACGGGUUCACGCUUGUUAGACGGAAAUUCUUCAUAUGCCGAAUCAUUGGACACAUUUUUAGCACAAUUUCAUAAUUCCGAAUCAGCACUGACAUUCACUUCGGGGUUUGAUGCUAACGUUGGGUUUUUCAGUUGCGUCCCGCAACCCGGUGACGCUAUAAUCCUAGAUGAACUGAUACACGCGAGCGUGCAUGAUGGGGUAAAAAGCUCCAGGGCAACAAUUAAAACUACAUUUAAGCACAAUGAUAUCGAAAGUCUCAAAAAGACGUUAAUUAAAGUUGUCGGGAAGAUUGGUUCUGAAAAGAACAUAUUUGUUGCUGUAGAAAGUUUAUAUUCUAUGGACGGAGAUUUUGCUCCUAUUAAAGAGAUCAUUGAACUUUUGAAACCCUACAACGCGUACUUAUCCGUCGAUGAGGUGAAUCCUGCCCAUGCAACUGGUGUAUACGGGAAUCAAGGAAGGGGAAUCGUAAGUGAAUUGGGAUUAGAAAAACAAGUGUUUGCACGUCUCCACACUUUCGGAAAAGCUUUGGCCUGCAAUGGAGCGGCGAUACUUGGUCCAAAAGUUUUAAGGUCAUAUUUGAUUAAUUACGCAAGGCCUUUGAUAUUCUCGACCUUUUUAUCGCAUAGCAAUCUUCUGGCUAUCAGAUGUUCUUAUGAAGUUAUGUCGGGAGAAAUUGGUGAUCAGCUUCGAAAAAAUUUGGCAAAAUUAAUUCGCAAAUUUCGAAGCAGCAUAAAAUUACCGGCGGAUGUAUUGUUGCCUUCUGAAAGUGCAAUCCAGGGAAUUGUUGUUUCAGGAAAUGAGAACGCGGUGAGACUAAGCCGCAUAAUCCAAAAAGCAGGAUACAACGUGAAACCGAUAAGAUCCCCGACGGUGCCGGUUGGCAAAGAGCGCAUAAGAAUUUGUCUUCAUGCGGAUAAUUCUGAAGAAGAAAUUGAGGGGUUGGUGAAUAUCAUAGAAAACUAUUUCAGAAAUCCCGGUUAUUACGGGAACAAAGAUAACGGUAUCAGCGAUGGCGGUGAUGUCCCAAUGAAACAAGUGUCGAUUUCAACCUCCAAGCUUUAA